AUGGCAGACCCGUUGUCAGGCCUUUUGCCGACGGCUCCUAGUACUUUUUCCUCCUCCUCCUCCUCCUUUAGCAGCAGCUCCUCCUCCUCCUCCUCCCUCAACACUACAUUUAUAUACCACACUUACGAGCCGGACACCUCGUUGACUUACUCGGACACCUCGUUGCAACGCCCAUCAUCGCUGGACUCGGAGCCGAGUCUAAGCACCACACUCACGAGUACCUCCGCGACACCUACACCAGCGGGUACCCCCGGGCCGGCAAUAUCUGCACCAGCGAGCACCCUCCCCUCUCGACCAGCUGAUCCUAAUCAUGAAGUUGGGAUAGCCGUCGGGGUCGCACUCGGAGGCUUUUGCUUGGUGAUCCUUGGGUGUUUAGCGUGGUACUAUCGCCGCAAAAAGCGGGCUCAGAUGCGGCUCGAGGAUAGUUCGAUCCUAGGUAGUCUACCUGGGGCCCCCGGAGCCGUCGACCCGUAUACGAAGAUCGAAUUGCCGCACUCGGGUGCGAUCACGGCCGCACUAUCCCCUGCGCCGAGGGUCGUCGGCGGGGAUGGCAAAGGGGACGAUACUGGAGUCGAAGGCGUUGCGCCCACGCACGACUCGGAGAAUCGUGGCACCGAUCAGCGCCGUACAGCCCGAGACAUCUAUACGACCCAUCCUCAACUCACAACUGUCAUCUCGCUGUUCGAGACCAUAGCAACCACGUCGAACACUCAUAACGCGGGGCUGGCAACCUCUUCCCUGACCGACGUCGCUUCUCUGAGCCCGCCCGACACGCGGUCGUCCAUCUCCCCGCCGCCCAGCUUCCGGACACAACCGAGCUCGGUGACACUCCAGACAUCCUACAAUCACCACGUCGAUUCUGGCAUCCGAUUCUAUCCCGGGGAGCCACAGCCUCGCCGCGUUGUCGACGUGCCUCCGGAGUACUCAGUCGACUAG